AUGGAGGACGUCUGCGAGGGGAAGGACUUCUCCUUCCCGGCGGAGGAGGAGCGCGUGCUCCGCCUCUGGUCCGAGCUCGACGCCUUCCACGAGCAGCUCCGUCGCACGGAGGGCGGCGAGGAGUUCGUCUUCUACGACGGCCCCCCCUUCGCCACAGGGCUCCCGCACUACGGCCACAUCCUCGCGGGCACCAUCAAGGACGUGGUCACCCGGCACCAGGCGAUGCGGGGCCGCCACGUCGCGCGCCGCUUCGGCUGGGACUGCCACGGUGUCAGGAACCAGACAGAGAUCGACAAGCUCCUCGAGAUCAAGACCCGGCAGGAUGUGCUCGACAAGGGCAUCGGUGUGUACAACGAGGCCUGCCGCGGCAUCGUCACCAAGUAUGUCGCCGAGUGGGAGGCCGUCGUCACGCGCGUGGGGAGGUGGAUUGUUUUCAAGGCCGGCUACAAGACGAUGGACAUCAACUUCAUGGAGAGCGUCUGGUGGGUCUUCGCGCAGCUCUGGCACAAGGACCUCGUGUACAAGGGCUUCAAGGUGAUGCCUUACAGCACAGGCUGCAGGACUGCAUUGUCAAACUUUGAGGCCGGGCUGGACUAUAGGACUGUUUCAGAUCCAGCAGUCAUGGUGUCUUUCCCUAUUGCCGGUGAUGUGGACAAUGCAUCUCUUGUCGCAUGGACCACAACUCCCUGGACUCUCCCAAGCAAUCUAGCAUUAUGUGUCAAUGCCAAUCUUGUGUAUGCCAAGGUUAAGGACAAAUCAAAUGGAACAGUAUACAUUGUUGCUGAAAGUAGGCUUGGGCAGUUGCCAGUUAAGGCCAAAGCUUCCGGAAAGAAGCAAGCAACUUCUAAGGGAAGCAUGACUGAAGCUGUUCAAGGCGGUUUGGAUACUGAAUCGUACGAGUUACUGGCAAAGAUUCCUGGUUCAUCCUUAGUAGGCCUAAAGUACACUCCUUUGUUUGAUUUUUUCUUGGAGCUUCAGGAGACUGCCUUUAGGGUCAUUGCAGAUAACUAUGUAACUGAUGAUAGUGGAACCGGUGUGGUCCAUUGUGCUCCUGCUUUCGGUGAAGAUGACCAUCGUGUUUGCCUUGCUGCCGGGAUAAUUGAGGCUAGUGGCCUUGUUGUCGCUGUUGAUGAUGAUGGUUGCUUUAUUGACAAGAUAUCUGAGUUCAGAGGGCGACCUGUUAAAAAGGUUGACAAGGAUAUCAGCAGUGUUGACAGAUAA